AUGGAGUGUAAUUCUUCAGAUGUGCAAAUGUCACACUGUGCUGAGGGUUCCGAGACUACAAUAGAGAUCAAAAUCAAGACUUUGGAUUCCCAAACAUACAAUUUGCGCGUGAAUAAAUGUGUGCCAAUUCCUCUGCUAAAGGACAAAAUAGCUACCGUAACUGGAGUAUUGUCUGAACAACAACGUCUGAUUUGUCGUGGGAGAGUCUUGAAGGAUGAUGAACUUCUCUCUGCUUAUCAUGUUGAAGAUGGCCAUACAUUGCAUCUUGUUGUUAGACAACCAGGCCAGCCAGCUGCAUCAGGAAAUGCAGGAAAUGAAGCUAGUGUAUCAAAUUCAACUCGUCGUCAUGGUCGCACAGUUCGCAGUAUUGUGCUUGAGGCUGUAGAUUUGGACCAGGGGAGUGAAUUCUCUAGCAUAGCCCAGAUUCUCCAGAGCAUGUUGACCAGCCCACAAGUUCAGGGUGGAUCAGCACCUUCUGAUACCAGACCUUCAGAACCUAUGCAAUCUUCAUUCCCAAAUGAUGUCAGGGUCGAACUUGAUCAACAGCAGGCUUCUCUGCAUUUCCCUGAAGCGGCAGUUGGAUCAUCAAUGCCAAAUGUCAUCCCUGAUUCCGUGAGUACAAUUUCUCAGUACAUUAACUUUAUGAGGGACUCGUUUAGGAGGGAAGGCUUCAAUGGAAAUGCACAAACGGUGGGUAACAUUGACCCUGGAACUGCAGGAAGUGCUCAUGCUGGUGGUACACAAAGCCAGGAAAACCAGCCUGGUUCAACUUCUGCACAUCAUGUACUUCCUACUGCAGCAUUGCUAGCUGAAACCAUGCACUCUACUAGACAACUUCUUGUUGACCUGGCUGGAGAAUUGCUAUCUCAACUCUCGACGCAAUUGGGAGAUCUUGGGAAUGUAAGUGACUCCACAACACGGAGGAACCUUCAACAGAGUGCAAUGAGACAAGGUGUUCUCCUCCAGAGUCUUGGUUCAUUACUUCUAGAACUUGGUCGCACCACAAUGACGCUUCGUAUCAAUCCCGCACCUUCAGAAGCGGUUGUAAAUUCUGGACCGGCUGUUUUUAUAUCCCCAUCUGGGCCAAACCCUCUAAUGGUUCCUCCUGUUCCGUUUUUUCCAGGACCAAGAUCUGUCCAAAUGGGUCAGAUGUUUUCUAGUCUUGGUUCGCAAGGCUCUGUUCUGCACCCAAGAGAUGCUGAUAUCCACAUCCGUACAAGUGGGUCUGUGCCUGUAGCCAGUACUAACCCAAGUGAAUCGGUUGGGGCACAGCAAGCACAAGAACAUACAGAUAGAACUGGCAAUGCUUCACAUUCAAACGCUAGAGAAGCAUUUGCACGAGUUGCAGGUGGUGCUCCUUUUGCUGUUGGGUCUGGAGUUAGACUAUUGCCACUUAGGACAGUUGGUGCUGUGCCUGCUGGCAUCAGUCGCUCUCCAUUGGGUUCUUCUAGUGGAGGAGUUGGUGUUAUCAUUCCAAUGAUAACCAGAGUUCAUCAGAGAGUAAAUUCUAAUGGUAGCGGUGCACGAAAUGGUCAAACUCCAAAUGAACCUCAUAGUGACACCCAUGCUAAUCUGCAACCGAAUCCUCAGCCACCUCAAGCACAUGAAGCAGGUAAUCUGGGACAUCCUGUCGAGGUCAAUGUGGGGAACAGUUCUCAGGCUUCCCAUGGUCAGCAGAAUGGCCAGGGUCCUUUUUCUCAGUUGAUGGACAGUCUCCAGUGGAUUGGAUCACUGUUUUCUGGAGAAAAUCCCCCAGCAAACGGUACAAGUCAGCAUGCACCAGCGGCUUCUGCUGAGCCGGUAGAUGCUAGAAACCAUGCAGUACCUGAAGCGUCAGUGGCCAGCGACGAGGGGAUACGCUUUGCUAACUUGGUCAGGCAAAUUAUGCCACAUAUCUCCCAGGUUGAAAACCAGUCUCAAAGCACCCCAGCAGACACCAGCAGUACUCCUUCACAGGCUGCCGUGCCUGAGAGCACAAACGGUUCAAGGGAUGGGCCAAGUGAUUCCAGGAAUUCACGUCAACAUAGCCGUGACCCAGUUGAAGGCCCUAAUUCUAAAAGGCAAAGGAGGUAUUGCACGUCUCGCACAUGUGUUAUCUAUUUUCUUAUGAAUGAGUGA